AUGUUUACUGGAGAGGGAUCGUCGAUGGACGAUUACCAAUGCAAGUUGCAGCUCCAAGACGCAAGCGACGGCGAACCCCGUGUCAUCGCGCUUGUCGCGACCCGCGAUCGUUUCGACCUGCUGUGGUCGCGAUGCAUGGAGUCCAUUCUCGCACAGACGCUCCUUCCCCAAUUGAUCGUGCUGGUGGACGAUUCCGAGGAAAUUUCUGGGGAGCUCGACUCGGGGAAACUCGAGGAACCGUAUGAUUGCUCCAUAGAUGGCGAAUACAUGCAUAUUUUAGGCGUGUUGCAGCAGGCCCUCUUAGCCAGGUCACAUGGCAAAUAUGUGCCGAACCCUGAAGUGCGCGGGAAAAAUGAAAGCAUGGCAAAUCUGUUCAAUUCCCGCUUGGGCGGCAGGGAUGGCGGCGGCGGUGAAGGCAGCAGCAGCAGCAGCAGACCUGCGGCGCCCCCCAUCGUGUACCUUCACAACGGAGAGACGCCCGGAGCCUCAGGUGCAUGGAACACGGGGAUUAUGUUCAUUGCAGAGGCUGUGGCGUGUGGGGCGUAUUUUGGGCCAGCCGCUGGCCGCGACCCGCGUGGAGGUACCGAAUGCGAAUGCGACAGCGGUGAUGGCGGUAUCGAGCCUGAUCAGGAAACGCCGUUGAGCCGACGCGGCUGGCCAAUGGUUGACGCAACGACGGCGGCGGCCCUGGCCAUGUACGGCGAUUCGUGCCGUACGUCGCUUCCUAAUAACAGAUACAAUCUAGGAGGAACUGCUGUAGUACCGCCAAGUGGUGGCCGGAUGCUGUACGAUAAGCUGCACGCCGUAUGGGUCGCUAUCUGUGAUGAUGACGACGCCUGGGCAGAGAACCACCUGCAGCUUUGCUUUGAGGCGGCGGCUCAAGCCCCCUCCGAUAUGGUGGUUUCGGGGCUCAUUCGAGUUGAAGGCGACGAUACCGACGAACAUAGGCCGCCGCCGCCGCCGCCGCUAACAACAACUGGCCCCGCCCCUGCGCCUGCUGCCGAUGCUGCUGGUGCUGCUGCUGCUGCGCCGCGACAGGAGCAUCACCAGCCGCAGCAGCAACACAGCACUAGCGGCAGGGGCGGCAUCCUGGAGCGUCCGUUGCCUCUUCCACCCGCAGGGCCCUUGGAGCCAAGUUGGUUCCUGAGAGGCAACCCCGGCAUCCAGGGCUCCAACCUCUUCCUACGACUAGGGGUGCUGCUGCGAGCGGGUCUGUUUGACGAGUGGCUGCCUUCCACAACCGACAGGUGGUUGCGCUGCCGCGCCGGAGACGUCUUGCUGGGGGGCUUGGCGGUCGUGAUCCUUGAAAACGGCGCCGGGGACGGCGGCGGUGGCCUGGCAGCGGCGGCGACUGCUUACGUCGCACGCGGCUUGCAGGUGUCGUACUUUUCCCGCGAAGCCCAGCAGGCGGUAUGCCGUCAAGUGCUGCAGGAGGUGGCAGGGUUAACGAAGGAAAAGUCUUGCACAAGUCGUGACGGUAACGGUCGUAGCAGCAGCGGCGCGGCCGCCGUCGCCGCCGCCGGAGAUUGCAGCAGCAGCAGCAGCAGCAUAAUGCCACCUGCGCCACCGCCGUCCUUGUCGUUGGUGCUGCCGCUUGACUUGGCAGAGGUCGUGGCGGCGGCUGCUCCCGGCACGCCGCUGCCCAUUGGUGUCACACGUACGCUGCUACAGCACCUGGUCUUCUAUUUCGUACAAAUGGAGGUCCCGGAAGGUGUACGGGACACCGCCGUCGCCUGGAUCUUGGAUGACGAUAAGCGCCUUCCCCGUCUGCGCCGCCCCAGUGAGCCGCGAAGGCCGUCACCGUGGGGCCACGGUCCGCUUUCUUUGGGGCCAUUGGCUGCGGGUGGUCCGUCCAACCCUGUGACGGGGAGGGCCCGGGCGCGGCAGGAGCAGCCGCAGCGCCAGCCGCAGCAAGGGCAAGAAGGAGAACGUAUCUCUACCUCCGUUUGCGAGGACCGCCCUGGCCGCCGUGGUGGCGGCGCCGGCAGCGGCGGCAGCUCUGACGCGGUGAUGGUGGGUGCAACGGAUUGGGCGAAGGCUGGCGAGGGUGAUGACAUUGACGUUGGCUUUCUGGAGGUGCUGCAGCGGCUCCGUGGGGCGGCUGACCCGGGGGCCACGCUGCCGCGGCCGCUGCCGGCGCCGCCAGAUGUCGUACUGGGUGUGGACAUCGGCUCGCCGCCGCUGCCGGCCGCGAGCUGCGCCCGGUUGGCUCUGCUGGACCUCGUGACGGCGCUUAGGAGGCAGCUGCACCAGCAGCAGCAGGAGGACCAGAAACAGCGGCAGGGCCGGGACCAGCAAGAGGACGGAACGAGAUGCCAAGCUGCGGCAGCAGCGGCCCCAGCGACAGGAGCCACAGCAGCGCCCGGCACAGCUGUCGCUGUUGGUACUGGUACUGGUACUGGCGACGUUUCCAAGAUGAUGACGGCAGUUGGUGGCGGAGGGACGGAGGAGGCGUUGGCGGCAUUGCAAACCGCAGCCAGACCGCCGUCUCCGUCAUCACCAUGGGCUAAUGAGCCCAUGGGCCCGUUUGACGUCCUGCGCGCCGCCUGCGCUAUCCUCGAGCGGCUUUAUUCCCCGGAAAACCUUGACGUGCUGAUGCGCCAGCUGGUGCUCCGGGACCAACGACGGGAUGCGGACACCGUGCGCAGAAUACUGAUGCAGACUGCUGCACCACCGCUUGCAACGGUUUCGGAUCAGUUGGACCGGUUACAGGUACUGGGGCAUGGCCAGGAGGGCGUCGUGCUAUCGGGCUGCAAACCAGGAGACGUCAUAUUUAAGUACAUCUUUCAUGUAGCAUCUAGGGUCUCAAGAGGCGCACGACGAUGGGGCGACGGCGGCGGCAGUGGCGAGGAGCGCAGGGCCUUCUUGCGGACCCUCCCAAACCGACGGCCUAGGCCGACGGCAUGCCUGUACGACAUCUACGACUGGGUGGACGACGGGCCCUCUGCACUGGCUGUGUACGGACCCUACGAGGAUGGCGGCGUGUUGCUGAGCAGGCAAGUACGAUUAGAGGGUACGGCACAUGUACGUAAGGGGAAAAUAUCACGGGAGGCCAACGACUGCUUCAUCAUGGGCAUCUGUCAGCCUCCUGCCUUCGCCACCUGUCCUUUCCUAGCAGCAGUGGCUAGUAUCACCAGCGACGCCGGCGGCGACGGCGCCGGUCACAUGUGUCCCGGCGGUCUGCUCAUCAUGCUGGCCCGUGAGUGCAUCGCUGCGGGUGUGGUGCUCGGGAACGUCCACCCGAGCAACAUGGUGCUGCUGCUGCUGCCGAGUCCGCCGCCGCCGCCGCCGGUGCCGGCGGCAACGCCACCGCGUCGCCGCCGCCACCAGCACGCCGCAAAGGAGACAGAGGGAAAGGAAGAGGACGCAGCGUCCGCUGACGAUGAUGGCUCAGCAGCGAAACGAGACACGCCUCCCAACGAUGGCUGCGGGCGUACGGCGGGUGACGACAGGGAAGGGGGUUGCGGAGGCGGAGGCGGAGGCGGCGAUGGAAAAGGAGGCAAACUUCUGGCGGUAGUAGGCAUGAUCCGCAAGCUGUAUUUGUGCUGGCGCUGGUGGCGGAGAGAAGACUUGCGUGAGUUGCUGCGGGCGUCACUGACACUGCCCUCCGAACGGACGGACAGCGCCGCAGACCCCCCUUGCAAGGCCUUGGCCCACCUUCAUCAUUACGACGAUGACGUCAACUCGGUUCCGGAGCUGCGUGGCUUCCGCCGCUUCAGGGAUGCAGUGUACGGCGCGUACGACACAGCGGAGGCAGUCCUGUUGCCGGAGCUGCUGCGGGCGCGGCAUGCUUCUGAAGGCGGACUGGCAGUGUUGGACUACGGGGCGGGCUCCGGUCGGCUGCUGGCGGCCCUUCACGGCGAGCUGCCCGGGGAGGUGGCGCUGGCGGGCUGCGACCCGGGCGUGGAGCGGCCCCGGCACUGGCAGCCGCAGGUGGCGGUGGCGGAGGGCCGCCGAGCUGCAGUUUGGACCACAGACUGCGCCCAGGCGGUGGCCAUGCAGGAGUACGACGUGGUGGUAUGCAGCCUGGUGUUAUGUGUGCUGGAGGACGAGGACGAGUACCGUACGGCGCUCAAAAACCUGGCGUCUGCGCUGCGGCCGCCACCGCCGUCGCCACCAGCACCGCUGCGCCGCCCCGGCCGCGUCGGUAUGCCAACCGUGACCGCCCCCGCCGAGGCCAAAUCUGGUGGUGAUAAUAAUGUUAAUGAUGAUGGCGAUGACGACGGUGCUGACGAGGGCGGCGGGGUGCUCAUAUUGGCCGUUUGCAAUCCCUUCUUUACUUCCCACGGCAGUACUGUGAUGCAGCACCGCUUCCCCGCUACAAAAAGUGGAAAUGACGAUAUCAGCUCCAGCACCGGCGCUAGCAGACGCGGCAGCGGCAGGGGCAGCGGCGACGGCGGCGACGCUGGUGAGGGCGGCGGCACUGGCGACGGCGGCGACGCUGGCGAGCGCGGCGGCACCGCCGAUGGCGCUGGUGACCGCGACGGCGGCCGCGCUGGCGACAGUGGCGGCGCUGGCGACGGCGGCGGCAGCGGCUCCGCGUACCGCUACCUGCAGCGAUACGCGUGGACAAAGCAGCUGACGAUGUGGCCGCGAGCUGCUUCGCGGAAGCUAACAGAGGAUGGUGGCGGCGGCGGCAUUUGUACUGCAACAGUGACCAACGCCGGAGACCAGUUGCGCCAUGGUGGUGGCGGCGACUUUAACGUCGAGACCAGCAGCCGCAGCAGGAAGGCCAGGAAGGUUCACAGCCCAGGCGCUGAUGGCGCUGAUGGUGCAGGGGGAUCAACACUGGCAGCUUCAGGUGCUGAGGGGAAGGUCGCUUUGGCGGGCGAGGCCAGGCCAGCUGUACGGCGGCGUACGGAUGUGCACCGGCCCUUGGAGGUGCUCCUUCUGGACCUACGCCGUCUGGGCCUGGAGCUGUUGAGUGUACGGCAGACGGCCUCCCUGGACCCCGACCUCCUGGACGAGCCGGCGUCGGACUUCCUGCUCAUAUCAUUGCGACGCCGAGUAGCCAAACCCACCUCCGGGCCUGCAACCGCCCCGCCGUCGUCGCUGGGCCACGGCAGCGCGCCGGAAGCGCCGCUGCCGACUGUGAUGCCGCCGGGCCCACAGGCCGCAAGCGGCCGCUGGCUGAGGGUAGGACCAACGAGCCCAGGUCCUGGUGGCGUGGCUGGGCGCCCCAGAGUCGCCCUGCUAAUAAAGGCCUGCGCCAUGGACCAUGAGCGCAUCGAGCAGCAGGUACUCCACCUGACCUCACACCUGGCGGAUCCCGAGCUGCCCUUCACCUCGGUGGUGCUGCUGGUGGACUCCUUCCCUGGACCUUACCUCCGGCAAUACGCCCGCCCCGACCCGGCCGCACUGGCCGCCCGGCUGGAGACCCUGCGCAGGCUGGGGGUGCUGGAUGAUGUCAUCUGGGCCCAACCCGCCGGCUCCCCCGAGAACUGCAGUCUCACCCACAGCGCUGAGGGCGCCUCCGUCACUCCGGUACUGCAAGCCGUACAACAGCUUGCGUCGUCUGAGCACCACACCACCUGUGAAUACGCCCUCCAAGUGGAUUGCGACCUGGUGGUGGUCAGAGGCGCCGCAGUGAUGUGCCCUAGUGACGCCGCCGCUGCCGCCAACAGCAGCGGCAGCUAUGGCGCCGGAAGCUACCUGCGGCGCAUGGUGGAGGUCAUGGAAUCGGACCCAGCUGCCGUCACGGCCGCCCUGGACCCCGUACCGACAUCCCCGCAGCCACUGCCGCGUCCGUGGCGCCCAUCGCAACCGUCCGGCAGCGGUUGGAGUGGUAGCGACGGGCUUGGUGACGACACCAGCGGCGGCGGCGGCGGCAGCGGCGCCCCCGCCAUCACGUUCUGCGGGCCGACGGGUCCCUGGAGAGCUGAGGUACGCGGCUGCCUGCUGCACUUGCCCCGCCUGCUGGGGCUGCUGCCGCUACCAUCACUCCAGGAGGGGAUGGGACUGUCGCCAGGGCCACCGGCGCCCACCGCCAGCGGUACCCGCCAGGACCAUGUCGGUGCUCCGCUUAAGGACGCCGCCUUCGCGACCGCAGCUACCCCCAAUGCCGCCAUGCGUUCCGCUGGGCAGCCAUGCCAAGGAUCAAGUCCCCCCGCGGGCAAGGCUGCGGGUGCAUGUGGCCGUGCAGCCGCCGCCAAGGCCGUACAGGCCACCGACGCUGACGUUGGCGACGGUGCAGAUGUGUUGCCGGAGGCGGGGGCACUGGCGGCAGUCUCACCCCCUAAGUGGCACCGGGCACUGGAUGCAUGCAUUGUGGCGUCAGAAGGCCGGAUCAGGUCCUACCGCGGCGCAUGCGGCGGCCGAAUAGCGGUAUUGCACCCGCCCAAUAUCCCGAUCAAGCUGCCAUCGCCGCCGCCCUGGUGUCCGGCGUGGUACGGCAAGUACCCCCCGCGGCAGCGCGGCAAUAUGGACGUUGUGGGAGGUGUGGACGACUGGGCGGCGGCACUUGGGCGUUUGGAAGAGGUGGUGGUGGUGGUGUGUGGUCGGAACGUGGCGCCCGGCAAGUUUGGACGCUGCCUGGAGUCUCUGGCCGACCAGGACAUCGAUCCCCGUCGUGUGGGCGUUGUGGUGGUGGAUGACAGCUCGGAUGCGGGCGCGUGCGGGCCUUAUAUGGAGGCAUGUUGCCGCCACCUGAUGCCCUCCCGGUGGAGGUCCCAGAUCACUUUUAUCCGGAUGCACCGACGCCGGCGAAUGCUCGCGAACAUCGACUUUGUCGUACGGCACAUUGUACGGCAUCCGGACGCCGUCAUCGUGACACUGGACGCCGACGAUUGCCUGCUUCGCCGCGACGCGCUGUCUGCCGUAUAUCGCAUGCACUUUGACAAAGGCCACGACCUGGUCAUUGGUGGACAGCUCCGUACGGACCGUACGGCAAGCCCUGCGGCCAGCGCUUUUGGUACAGCACACGUGGUAUUCGGCGGGCCGCCUCGGCAGCGAGCCCUGCGCGGCGGCGGCGAUGUGUGGCGCCACCUGAGGUCCUUCCGUGCGCGGUUGUACAACAGAAUCCGUACGGAGGACCUUCUGGACCCGGUCACUGGCUGGUUCCGCGAGCCGGCCAACGACUGGGCCUUCAUGGUGCCCAUUGCCGAGAUGGCCACACGACCCGCAGUGCUCCCCCUGCCGGUCUACCUGUACGAGCCGUCACAGCAGGAGUGUCCCUCCCUGGAGAGACGGGCGAAGAGAGAGGCCGCCAUCGGCGCCAUAAUGGCCUUACCGCCGUACUGCCCCCGCCAUGGGCCGUUUUGCAGCGCUGCAGCUGAGGGUACAAGGGGAGAACGACGACUUGGCGGUGAUGGUGGCGAGGCAACCGCCUGCCCACUGGUGUUGGGUCUGCGGCCGCUUGUGGCGGUAGUGGGUGAUGCCAACCUAGAGGUGGAGCGCGUGGGCGACCGGGAGGAGAAAAAGCACCUGGCAUUCGAGGUGGGCCGGUUGCUCGUUGACAGCGGCUGUCGGGUAUUGACUGGCGGCGAGGGCGGCGUCAUGGAAUGGGCGUCCAAGGGUGCGCGCGCAUCAGCACGGAACCGCUUCGUGGAUGUGCCCAUGGCAACGGGACUGGGGGAGGCUCGGAACGCGACGAUUGGCACAGCGGCUGAUGCCGUAAUAGCCAUUGGCGGUGGCCCUGGAACGGUUUCGGAGCUGUGCUUCGCAUGGAUGGCGCAAGCGUUGGCGGUUGUGGUGCUGAGCUCAGUGCAGGGUCUGAGUGCUGCGCUUGCGGGUCGAGCGCUGGACGGGCGGGUACCGGCGCGGCGGGUGGUCAAGGACGCCUGCAGUGCAGCUGAGGCUGUCGAGUUGGUGGUGCAAACCCUGCACAGAGCAGGUUUCCACGUAGAAGUUCAAAACCAUUACAAUAACGCAUAA